AUGGCUGUUUCAAAUGCAAUGUUUCUUUUUGAGGUCGUAGUAGAAAGCGUUAAAAGUUUGGUCGAAAGUCGUCAUUUUAUUAUUAAAAGUGAUUUUGCUGAUAUAUUCUCUCUAGAACUUAAAGAUCCUAAGCAAAUGCACAUUGUUAUACCAGAACCUCCACCUCUUCCACCGGAACCACCUGGUAAAAAAGGCAAAAAGAAACCGCCAAAACCAAAAAAAGGUAAAAAAGGGAAAGUAGAAGAGCCACCUCCUGAACCAGUUAUACAAUCAGGGCAGUCUGUAUUGUUUUCCAGCAAUGCUGAAUUUUUAAUUCAAAGUAUGAAGAAGUAUCCACUAGAGUUAUCACUAUGGAGUAAAGAAGAUAACGCAAUAUUCAUUGGCUCUGCUCAAAUUCCUUGGGAUCCAGGUUUUUAUACGUUUUUAGAAAGAAUAUUGAAUUGUGAAGAACCAACUUCAAUGACUUUAAAGGAAGAAUACAAUGUCUUUCAAGAGGGUACUGCUAAACUAAUGGCAAAAAUAGGAAUUCAAGUGAAACUGACUUAUUUGACGGACCGAGUUACUACAGCUUUCCGUACUCUUUCAGAAGAUCCGUCUGUACGAAAAGUUAUGUAUACCGGCAUUAAUUCUAAAACAACAUCUUACAUGUGUACAUUGAAAACAACUGAUGAAGUUUUUGAAAAAAAUUGUAACAAAAUUGCAAAUAAUUUUGUAGUAGACAAACCCAAACCUAACAAAAUAGUUUAUGCGGAUUAUAAAAAUGCACCCGGGGCUAAUCUUACGUUCUUUAACGAAGGUGACUAUUGUUGUAUGAAUAGUGCCGAUAAACCACCAGAAUCUACGUAUAAAGCACCUCAGACUUGCCCCAGUAUUGACCAUAUAAUUGAUUAUGUAAGGAAAAUUAUAUUGUCUUGUAAUGACAAUAUGAGAAUGCUAACACCUCGCCCUACGAUACGGCCUAGAAUUAAAGCAACAGAUAUUGACAGGCUCUGUUAUUGUAAAGAAACUAAUUGGCCAGAGGGACAGUUUUCUGAAAGAUUUAAAAACGAAGCGCAAUCUGAACCAUGUCCAAUUUGCAUUAAUGCUGGAAAGAAACCUGAUGGUUCUCGCGGAGUAACUUUUGACAUUGCUAACAUAAGAGGACCAUGCGGAAGGGCUGAUUGUAGAAUAGCUAGAGAUAUGAGGGCUUACAUUGAAAAUCUUGUCGAUGAAGAUAAUAAAGUAAUCGAUAUCGACGCCAUUAUUGGUCCUUGCGGUAGUAAUGAAUGUAGAAUAGCUGAAAAAAUUCAAGAAUUUCUCCGCCAUGAAGGUGUUUUCAGUCAAGGCUCUACAUUAGAAGGCUUAUCUACACAAUGUGCAUGUAUAAAACAAAUGCAAGAUGCUCUAAGAAAAGAUGAAUCAUGUAAUUCCUCUUGUGAUAAAGAUUGUGCAGAUAGCGAUAGUGAGGGCAGUAAAUGUGAAGGAAAAACGUGUCCGUAUAAUAAAAGGGAACCAAAAGAAAAACCAGUUUAUAAUGUUUUCUACUUUACAGUAGAACAUGAUUUUGAAAAAGAGAGUACCGGUACAUCAUCACCUACCGAUACUGAUAAGUCAUCUAAGUUUCGAUACUGCUCUACAGACUGCCCAAGCACGAAGCCUUCGGAAAAAAACACUUGUACUAAAAGCGCUUGCUCUAACUUAACAGAAAAGGUAGACGCUAACGACGAAAAUUUAGCUUGCCAAGAUCCGACAUGUCCUAGACAGAAAAACUUUCCGCCUAGUCCGGCUGAUAGCGACAUUGUCAUUCGAUUUGAUGAUAUACAUAACCCUUGCUGUGUUAAAACAUGUGAUGUUGCUGAAAAGGUAAAGGAAAUAAUAGUUGAUGGACUAUCCAGUAAGAAAAAGAAAACUGAAGAUGAUGAUCCAUGCUACUGUGAUUGUGAAUGUACUUUCAAAUUCUCCAAGAAUACAACCUAUUGUGCGGUUUGUGGAGGCUAUGAAUGUUUAGGAGAUGAUUUAAAAGAAAUGCCUGAAUAUGCUAAACCUCAUCCAUGUCCUGUAUAUCAUAAGUUAUAUGAUAAAAAAUAUAUAAAAGUUCAAAGUCCCUGGCCAGAGGAAGAAGAAACUAAAAAACAACCAGAUACUAUAAGCAAUAAGAGUUCCCGUACUACUGGUUCUAAGCUUGGGCAAACUGAUCAUAGGAGAUUAACAGUAUCUCGUUCUAUAAAAAGUUUCUCAGAUAAGGUAAUUCAUAAAAAAAAUAUGGAAAAAGGCGAUGGACAAAAGGUAAAGAAAGUAGUGCAAGAAAAGAAAAAAAUUGGGAAAUUUACUGCCAAUGUCGAGGAAAUGCCAUUACCACAAGUUGAAAAGAAAAUAGAGUCAAAGUAUCCUUAUCCACCUGUACCUAAGAAUAUGGGUUGGAAUUGGACUGCCGAAGAUAUUCCGGGAAUGAAGCCCCGGCCAAAAUGGAAGCCAGGUGCAGCAAAUAAAAUUUUAGUUCGACGAUAUAGAGCGAUAAGGGAAGGUGUAGAUAUUAUAGCAAAAAAGAAACGUGCCAUGAUGCAGCGAAAAAAGAAAAUCGAAAUGAAACCUACAUUAGUUGUUAAAAAGCAAAAUGGCGAAUAUUCCGUUCAAAUGGAAGUUUUCAAGAAGUAUUCUAAAGAACGGCUUUUAUUUCAGUAUCCUUAUGAUGAAAAGCCCCCUUUGAUUUAUACAAUAGGUAAGACAGAAGAGGAGAAACGAAAAAUCCAAAAACAGCGUGAAAGGAGGGAACGGAGAGAGACGAGAAGAAAAAGUCGCUUAUUACAAUCUACUUUUAGAGAUAGAUGUCAAGAAAUUUGUUUGAAAGCGUAUAAUCAGGCUAUAGGCAUCUUGCCUUUACCUAAUCCUAACGAUCCAGCGUGUCCUUGUCAAACUGACGCCAUCCAAACUAUUACUCCUCCAAUAGACUCCUGCUCUUGUUCUGAUGAAGAGACAAUAUCCAGCAGUGACACUGACAAUGAUGAGUGGACCAUUGAAUUUACUCCACCCGCGGCUCGAUGGGACGUUAAAGCUAAACACCCGCCUGUCUUAGCCGAAAAUGAAAGUCAAUACAAUUAUUUAGAUUAUAAAGUUAAAUUACUUGAUAAGCAGGGAAAUCCAGUACCUAGAUUCUUUAAAGGUCCCGAUGGAAAACAAGAAUGUAGUGACCUCGGUGGUUUCUGGGGUCCUGAUCAUAUUUGGAUGGAAAUUAAUAAAGAUGGUUACAUAGGUCCUGAUGAAAGAUGGGUACCGAUGAACUUUAUAGGACCUGACGGCAUGUUUUAUUCUGCCGAAGAAGGAUUUUUCACAGAUAAUUCAGGUCAAACUUUAAAAAUUGGUGUCGAUGGUUAUGUAGAUAAAGAAGGAAAGUGGGCGUGGUAUUCCAAGAACAAAGGCAAAACUUCAAAAUCAAAAUCAACACUUACUGUUACGACAACGCAUACUAAAACAAGAGUAACUGAACCAAAAUCUGGGAGUGUUAGUAAGAGCAAUGGUAAAGGAAAAUCAGAACAUAUGAAAGCUAAAAACGAUAAAAUAUCACAAUCGAUACCAAAAACGGGCGUCGAUAAAAGAAAAAUGAAAACAGCUGUUUCUUCAUCUAACAAAGCUAAGAAUCCUUUGGUUAUGAGUGUUUCACUAAAUUAUGAUAGGAACCAUUCACCAAAGUCAACAUGCGUCAAGAUUCCACCAGAUACGAAGAAAAAUACAAGGUAUAAGGAAGUUAUAGAUGAGUUUCAAAUGUUUGGUGAUAUGCCACAACUUAAUCUAAAUGUUAAAACUAAUAGAGCUUCGAACACGUCUAAAAAGAAUCUAUCUCCAUUUUUAAUGUGUAAGAAAAUGUUCAAGAAAACAAAUGAAUUAUGUAAUGUUAUUUGUGAAGACAAAAAUAACACGUCUUUUCGAUCAGAAGGCCUUAUAUUUAGU